CAAAAGUAUUCCGAACUUUGGUAUCUAGUAUGGAUGAAGAGAAAAAAUCAAAUAAAAAAUCAAAAAGACCAAAGGAAUUCUUUAUAAUUUAUGGGUUCACAGCAAAACAUGCCUUUCCACAUCGUAUCAAUCAAUGGGGAGACGAUUGUCAUGAACAGCCAAUUAUUAAAAUUAUUAAUAAUAUACCUACACCUGUUUCAAAAGACAUUCAAGAUAAUUGGACAGUAGUUGAUAGAAAGAAAUCGGCUGAUUCAACUCCAACCAAUAAUAAUAAGUUAAUUGAUGUGUUAGAAAUCACCUGGCUUAUUAUCAUUUACAAUUGA